UCUCAUCCCAAAUCUAGAGCUGUAUCUUGCUCAGUCCUCAAGCUGAGCCGUGAGUCUGCAAUCAUGAUGGCAGAUCCGUUUGAAGUACGCAUGCGCUUUACCGCGCAGCUACAACACUUGAAUGCCUCAAUCACUUCCUCCCAGAAAGCCGCACACUAUGCGCUCAAAUACCGCGACAUGGACGAGGAUCUUCACUCAUGUAUUCUAGAACAGCUCGAAAGAAAUAAUAUGAACAACAGAGCUAAUAUCAUGUAUUUCAUCGAACAAUUCUGCGAAAUGGCCACGAAGGAAGACCACGCUCCAUACGUCCGCAUGAUACAGAGGGAUAUCCUACGCGUAGUGGAUGCCGUUGCUCCACCGGAUGGCUCGGGGGCUGCAAAUGUGAAGCAUGUUCGGCGGGUUCUGAACGGGCUACAAAGCAAGGAAAUCCUCUCUGCGGAGACGGUGGCGGAGAUCGAUGCCGGUCUAAAAGAACGUGAAACGCACCCAGCGCAUCUUGAUCUGGAGGCUGACGAGGGGGUGGAAGCAAAGAGCGGGACUCCGCGGGGCUCCAGGGGGAGUGUUCGUGUCGACAAGAGGCAGAUUGAGCAGAGAAUCGAAGAAGACCGUGAGCGAAACAAGCGACUACGAGAGAGUAUGUGGACAGUUAGCGGCGAUGAUGGUGACGAGCUCGGGAAGUUUUGGGAAGAAACCAGUGAUAUUGGCGAAGACGAUUUCCUGGCUGCGAAUGAGGAGCUCAUGGAGCGCCGGCAGAUGGUUGGUACGAAGUGAAGGUGCUUUCAUUAGCUUCUGUGAUUUUGCGCCCUGGCAUCGGUCUUUGGUUUUAUUGAACAAGGAUCAUUGUCCUCGUUGACUAAGCGCUUUUGCUUGGGUUUGGUGAGACAAACAAAGUCUGGCAGUCUAACGGUUUUGAAAAGUAUGUGCACCUGGUGUUUGGUUUGGCGUUUACAUUUUUCUACUGCCUGGGUCGUGGGUAUGGAUGAUACCAUUUACUUGAAUUGCAUAUAGGAUACCAUAUCCCAAUUGAUGAUUUCUCGUGCAGA